ACGGUAGAAGCGCGUGUUUGAGUCUCCGGUUACUCACCGUUAAGCGCUAGUAACCGGGGAAGGGACACCCAGCUGAACAAUCCCUUGAAUCCUUAUAACGAGAACAUGUUGAAGCUCGUCCGUCCUCGAUAACAACCUGUAACGUAGCGACCAAAGACCAAUCCAAGCCAGAUAACAGCAUCGAGUCAAACAUGUCAUCAAAGACCAACACCCGCAUCGUUCUCCAGUCCCGACCCAAAGGCCCCAUCGAGCCCGACACGUUCAAGACCGACAGGUCCGAGCGUGUACCGACCGAGAAGGAUCUGAAGGAUGGAGAGGUCGUUGUCAGGGUCAUGUGGAUCAGUUUGGACGCAUCGAUGACAACCUGGCUGAAAGAAUUCCGGAACUACCUCCCCCCGGUCAAACUUGGUGCGGUCAUGCGAGCUAGCGCGGUAGGAAAGAUCGUAGCUUCCAAGUGUCCGAAUAGGAAGGUCGGACAGAGCGUCGAGGGUACUUUCGGCUGGCAAGAGUACUGGACAGGCCCCUCCAAACAUACCGAGGCUCUGAAGGCUUUCGAGGGGUCGACCGAGCGGGACUAUGUUGGGCCUUUGGGAACUUCCGGUCUUACUGCAUACUUUGGCCUGAAGGAUAUCGGAAAGAUCAAGAAUGGGGAUACGGUCGUCAUCUCCGGUGCAGCGGGAAGUGUCGGUAUAAUCGUCACCCAACUAGCUCUCCUGCUCAACCCGAAAGGACGGGUCAUCACCACCGCGGGAUCCCCUGCCAAGUGUAAACAACUGAAAGAGAUGGGUUGUCAUGCGGCGAUCAACUACAAGGAUAAGGAUUGGAGGAAACAGUUGGGUGCGGCCAUGAAGGAUGAGGAUAAGAGUGGGAAGAAGGGGAAUGGGUGGGCGGAUGUCUAUUUCGACAAUGUUGGAGGAGAGAUGCUCGACUUUAUGCUUGGACGGCUGAAUGAAUUCGCCAGGAUCGUCAUGUGCGGAGCGAUUUCAGACUACAACUCGGCUCAACCCUACCCUAUCCGAAACUACCAAGCCUUGAUCUCCACGAAAUCUACCAUGCAAGGCUUCAUCGUCUUCCAAUUCGCCGAGAGGUACGACGAGGGCCGGGAAUACCUCUCGAAGCUCUUGAAGGAUGGCAAGCUCAAAUACGAGUGGACCGUCGUGGGAGACGGGAAAGACAAGUUGAAGGGUGUAGAGGCCUGUGUGGAUGGGUUGCAGGGAUUGUAUGAGGGACGAAAUGUCGGGAAGACCGUUGUCAAGGUCUGGGAUGGAAAUAUGUCCGAGUAUCAGAACGACUCGAAGAAGCGGGAAAGCAAGCUCUAAAGUAGCGCAGGAUAUCGUGGCCGAUAGUAUAGGUUAUACAGCAGGAACACAAAAGAACAUUACGAUACUUUGAGGAACCUCUAGGAAAUACACGAAGAAUAUCUUGUUACGAUCUUGCUUGUGGGCGUCUCCCGUUUUCCAGACUGUAAGCUUUGAUUAGCGUUUCGUUGCGGGGCACGAGUGAAAGCAGCGGCAAUAACCUGGGGCUCGGUAUCAUGCUCAUUCGUUUG